AUGCCAGAUCUGGGCAAAAGUAUUCGUUGGCCUGCUCCACCGGUAGUGUUGGCGCCGUUUGUUGGCAAGCUGAAAGUAAUGCACCAACGCUGGCGAGCCGCUGCGAUCCUCGCCACAAUGCCACAACAUCUCAGAGAUUCAUUACCGCAAAAGCUUGCCGCAUUCGCUGCUCUCAGUGGCAAGCGAGAACGAUGGGGAUAUACGCGACCGUGGAAAGGCGAUUAUUUGGCACAGAACCGAAUGGCCUUGUUUGUGAUUCAUGUGGCUGAAAAUGACAUCGUCGGUUGCGCCAAGAAUGCCCGUGAAGAGGAGCGGAUUGGUGAACUCGUCGGCACUCUACUUGCUCAGUAUGAAAAGAUGAAAAUGCGACCUCCAAUGGUGAUCGUAUCGCCAACGCUGAGCGUUUGUCUUGGUGGCAAAACACGUGUGGUUCGAAUAUUCCCAGCCGAUCCCACUCAACAAGCGGUGUUCAAGAAAAACGGCAACGAUAUCGACCUCAUCUGCCAUACGAUGUCUGCUGCCUAG